AAAACAACGAAGGCUGACAAAAACGGAAAACACACAAAAUAAAUACAAAAAAAAAUAACUUUUAAGCAAAAUCUAAAAGAAAAAAAUAUUUGCGUACUGCAGAUAAACAACAUUAAUUGAGCGUUUUAUUUUAAGCACAAAUUAAUUAAACAACAACAAUCGCUUUUAAUUAAAACGAUUGUAUAAAUACACCGCCAAACAGGGAUAGCAACAACAACAACCAUAAAAAAACAACACAAAAUAUUUCAUAGCGCAAAGUUAUAACGCAACAAAAAAGUUAAUCAAAAUGGAAGCAAUUGCCAAACACGACUUCUCAGCAACUGCCGAUGACGAAUUGAGUUUCCGCAAAAGCCAAAUUUUAAAGAUUUUAAACAUGGAAGAUGAUUCAAAUUGGUAUCGUGCCGAAUUAGACAGUAAAGAGGGUCUCAUACCCAGUAACUAUAUAGAAAUGAAAAAUCAUGACUGGUACUAUGGCCGCAUCACACGUGCCGAUGCUGAGAAAUUGCUCUCAAACAAACAUGAAGGUGCAUUCUUAAUUCGCAUUAGUGAAUCCAGUCCUGGUGAUUUCUCAUUAUCAGUCAAAUGCCCCGAUGGUGUGCAACAUUUCAAAGUUUUACGCGACGCACAGGGUAAAUUCUUCCUUUGGGUUGUUAAAUUCAACUCACUCAACGAGCUGGUGGAGUAUCAUCGAACCGCAAGCGUAUCGAGAUCGCAAGAUGUCAAAUUACGAGAUAUGAUACAUGAAGAGAUGCUCGUGCAAGCAUUGUAUGAUUUUGUGCCACAAGAAUCUGGUGAAUUGGACUUCAGACGCGGCGACGUCAUCACCGUCACAGAUCGAUCUGAUGAGAAUUGGUGGAAUGGUGAGAUCGGCAAUCGGAAAGGCAUCUUCCCAGCAACCUAUGUAACGCCAUACCACUCAUAAUAGAAUAGAAACUCGUAAAAUAAUGAAUAUAUAAAUGAAAAUUACAAAUAAAUGAAAGAAAAUUAAA